AAGUGUGUGAUAAAUAAAUAAAUGUAAAUGUAAAAUGACCAAACCCAAUUCCACCGAGACAGGAAGUUCCUUGCUCCAAAGCGCAGUGCCGGAACAUUCUGCUAUUGCGCUAAUGUCAUGCAGUAACUCUCUCCAUGGGCCAGUGGGAAGGAGCAGCUCCUGCUGUCAUGUCGUAUAUUUACUGCAUUGGGGUUAAGGCCGGAUUCCGUGUCCCCCGUAUCCCGAGGACCUGCGCUGCCGUGCCAUCCGCGCCCUCAAGAUGAGUCAUGGCGUGUCCGCCUGCUUCCCGUCCCUGAAUUAAACAUGGGAAGCCCGAGCGGGAGCCGCCCGGGCGCAGCCAGAGCAGGGGAGCUGCUGAAUAAGCGACAAGCCGUGGGAUCAGGUGUGAGCUGGGAGCGGUCUUGCUGGCGCGGACGCCCUGGACGGGCUCCUCUCGCCGGGACGCGGCCAUCAGUUAGCGUAGCGUUUGUCUCGCUCUUCCUGGCAAGAAGGUCUCCUGCAUCGACGAGUAAGACACCCGCUGCCAAAGUGUUUUGUUUGCGUUUCGUGGAGUUUCAGGGUCACGAUGGUGUUUCGGGAGCGGCUCCAUGCUUUAGUGUCUGGUGGUCAAGGGCGUUUUGCAUGUUUCUAUUUCUUCAUCGUAAGCGGGCGAACGCGUCCGUGGCGGCGCCGUGCUUUCUGCGUCCAGCUGGAGCAAAACGGCGCGGGGAGAAAAAUGGAGCACAAGCGCAGGGACGCUUGGAUCGCAGGGCGUUUUGAUGCGUCCCUGCAAAACGGAGAGGAAUUCAGCGCCUUUUCAGCAGCCUGGAUAUUUGUGCAGUACUGCAUAUAGUUAGGAAUGACAUUGUAGCACUUGGACAGUACUGCUUUUACUUCUCUGAAAUCAAGAAACAAAAUCUACAUGUAGUGAAUGUGAGGGGACUGUAAUUUUCGCUUUAGUUCCAAUGUUUUAAUCAGAGGCUGCUGGAAUAAUAGAUGACGGACAGCAGACCUGUUGACGUUCAUAAGGGGCUGGAUUGGUUGUAACAACAGGGAAUAUUGUUCUGCAGUGAGCACAGCGUGGACACAAAUGAGCGGCACUCGCACCGUCCUUCCAGUGUCAGCACUUCAGAAUGGUUUAUGAAAUAUAUCUGAGGUAAGUACCUGAUAUACUUAGUGUUUAGUGUAAUACGGCAGCAGUCAUUGCCACGGUUUUGGAGGAUCUGGGCUUAAAUCCCUGCUCCUGCUGUCGUACCAUUGAGCACGGUAUUGUCCUUAAGACCUUCAUAAAUAAGUGAGUAACUAAACAGCACAUAAUAUAAAUUCUUAUUAUUAUUAUUAUAGUCUCCGUCUCGGGGUUGCUCAGGUGCCAGCAGCCCCGUGACACUCGAUGUAUCCUCUACGGUGCCCUGUCUUUGCUGCGGCAUUGCGACACCCCGCUCUGGCUGGAGACUUGCAGCCCGGGGGUGCGGAGAAGUGGGACCAGCGAGCGCCGUGCCCACCUUGUAAAGGAUUCUGACACCUGUUCUGUCCUGCUUGCAGUCCCCACCCCCCAGGCCGCUCCACUGCCCCGUCGGCCCUCGGGGCUCCUGUGAUGCAUGUGAUGAGCAGUUUGCCCCUGGCCAAUGAGAAGGAUGACCGCGGUGAGGAGGGCGGAGGUCCGGCCUCGACGCCGGGACCGCCUCCCGCGAGCAAUCCGCCCGCCCCUCCCCCACCGCCACCCCCGGGCAUGCCCCCGCCGCCACCACCCCCUCCUCCUGGCAUGGGUGGUGGUGCCGCUCAGGCCCCGCGCAAGAGGAGGCGUGUGCGCAGCUUCUUCUGGAAGACCAUCCCUGAGGAGAAGGUGCGGGGCAAGCCCAACAUCUGGACGCUGGCCGUGCGGCAGCAGCAGUACCAGAUCGAUGUGCGCACUGUCGAGGAGCUCUUCGGCCAGCAGGAAGAGCCACGACCUGCCAGCGGUGGCGCCGCAACCCGCGAGGGCCGCACCAGAGCGUCUUUCAAGGAGAUCAAGGAAGAAAUCAGUAUCCUGGACCCCAAGAGAGGAAUGAACGUGGGCAUUUUCCUCAAGCAGUUCAAAAGGUCCAACCAAUCCAUCAUCGAUGACAUCUGCCAUGGCAACAGCCAGCCGUAUGGCGCCGAGCCACUGAAGGAACUUUUGAAGCUGCUUCCGGAGUCUGAGGAGGUGAAGAAGCUCAGAGCGUUCAAGGGAGACAUCAGCAAACUGACUCUUGUCGACUCCUUCAUGUACCUUUUGAUCCAGGUGCCAAGUUUCGACGUCCGUAUUGAAGCCAUGGUGCUCAAGGAGGAGUUCUCUCCGUCCUGCUCCAUCAUGAGCCGCGAGAUCGAUGUCAUCCGUGUGGCAACUGAAGAGCUGAUGACUUGUGAAGAGCUACAUGCCAUCUUGCACUUGGUGCUGCAGGCUGGGAACAUAAUGAACGCUGGCGGCUAUGCCGGGAACGCAGUGGGCUUCAAGCUCUCGUCACUGCUCUCACUUGCGGACACCAAGGCCAACAAGCCAGGGAUGAACCUUCUACAUUUUGUAGCCUUGGAGGCCCAGAAGAAGGACGAGGAGCUGCUGAAGUUCCCAGAGAAACUGCAGCAUGUGCAGAGUGCCGUGCGGAUAUCGGUGGAGAAUAUCGAAAUUGAGUACCAGUCCUUGUAUGAGAGGACAAGGUCAGUUGAGGAGAAGACACGUAAGGAUGAAGAUCUUCUGCAGCAGCUCGACGAGUUCCUGCAGAAUGCAAAGCAGACCCUCCAGGACCUGAAGAGGCGCAGGAUGGAUUUACGCAAGGAGGGAAAUGCGCUCAUCGAUUUCUUCUGUGAAGACAAAGACACAUUUAAACUGGACGAGUGCUUCCGGAUCUUCCAGGACUUCUGUCUCAAAUUUAAGAAGGCUGUUAAGGACAACGUGGACCGGGAGCUGAAGGAAGCAGCGCGGCAGCGGCGUCUUCAGGAGCUGGAGGAGAAGCGCUCGCCGUGGGCCAGAGGGGAGCAGGGCGGUGCCGGCGGCUUCGGCCGCAGCUGCAGCGAGAACGAUGUGGAGACGUUGACCAAGCAGGGGCUCCUGGACUUCCUGCAGACGCAGAGCCCCCGCAGCCCACAGGGCCGCUCCCCCAGCGGCCGCCGGUUUCGUCACACCGUGGCCAGCGGCGCAGCCGAACGCCAGCUGUCCGGCUACCUCGAGCUUUUCUCCGGUGCCGACCCGAGCCGGUGUGGCAGCCUACCUCGGUCAGGCCGCUCAGUCCCCCGGAGGCCCACCGCAUGGCUGGCCUCCCAAGAUGACAACCGCGAGCUGGACCACACCGACCCCCACUCUCUGGGGUCAAAUACAGAGCCGCUGAGCACACCGACCAGGUCUCAUGUCGACUUCAACGCCAACGAGAAUCUAGAAGACGACGACGACCAAAACACCCUCUCGGAGGGCAGCUUCUUGCAGACCAGAACGGACCACAACAGGAAUGUCUUUCAAAAGUCAUCUAACUCAAGCGCAGGACAGCUAAGCUUCAAUCUGGAGAUGCACACCCUGGUCCCUGGACCUCAGCCGUUCCUCUCAUCUUCUAACAACAACAACCGUUUGCGCUUAGAGGACCACAGAGACAUCGUUGUCACUGAUCUGGAAAGGGAAAUGGACCCCCCAAAGAGCCUUGGUCUUUGUUCCUCUUCUUCAGGCACAUUUUCCCUGAGAGAUCAGGAUUCCCGAACGGAUUGGGACUGUAAAACGGACUCCCCAAUGUGUACGUUUUCCUCCCUACGAGAGGAGGAGGACAGCAGCACCGUCUCGUCAACAACGUGCGACACACCGCUGCCGCUGGACUUCCCCCUCCCCAGCAAGAAGCCGAUCUACUAUAUCUUGGACUGUACGGACACGGACUGCUCGGUGACCCUGGACUACUCGGAGACAGACAGCUCUCCCAUCGUGAGAGACACUGUUGCCUCUGACUCCAAAGCGCUGUGCACCGAAGGUGACGGCAGCACGAAGAAGCGCUGCUCCCUUUCCUCCUUGCGCACCAGCGAUCUGUCAGCCCCUGCCGAGUCUGGAUCCAACGACGAUGCGCAGUCAUCUUUCCUCCCGUCAGCCGACGCAGAGGAGUUGGCUGGCGAUGACCGUGAUGCUGCAGAAGACGGAGAAGCUGUCGAGGAGGUGCCACCGAUGAGCGCGAACAAAGCUGCGCAGGCAAGGACGAAGGUCACUACGAAGCAAGACUCGGUGCGGAGGAGCGGGUCGGGUACCGCGGUGCGGACGCUGGCAGCUGCGGAGAACCAGACGAUGCGCCGCGUGGUUCCCCUCACCAAACUGAGCCGUUCAGGCAGCAGCGUGAGGAAGGGGGAGAAGACGGCGGGACGAGACGGCACGGACUCGAAGCGCACUCCCCGAGACCAGAGCACGCCUGUCCGGAGGAGCGAAAACCAGGCCCGCCUACCCCGGAACUCCAGCCUGCCCCCGGAGAGCACCAAGGGCCCCCGGCCGACACCCGCGAGCAGCCUGACCCGCUGGACCCGCGAGCUCCCCGUGCGCAGGCCAUCGCUCAAGAAGCCCAGUGCCAAACCUGUGAGGAACGUGGCCAGGGCACCGCCCGAGGAGAAGAUGUGCCGCUCCACCAUGAGGGCCCUGGCUCAGGCCCAGGCGCGGUCGCAAGGCACCUCGGAGGGCAGCGGUCCAGAGACAGCCAUCCACCUGCCCAGCUUCGCUCGCAACACGGUGGCCUCCUCCUCCAGGAAAGCCAAGAAGGACCUGCCGUCCUCCGACUCCAACCCCUCGACCCCCUCCAAAAGUGCCACCGUCUCCAGGACCGGCUCCCAGAAGCAGACCGGGGCUAGGCCGGGGCCUCCACCCGCCCCCCCGGCCCCCCAGGAAGAGCCGAAGCCACUGCUGCGGAGGGUACAGAGCGGGAAGGUGGGCGGGCGGAGCACCCAGAGGGACGACAACCCCCCGGCGAAGGAGCGGCCCCUCAAGAGCUACAGCUUCUCGGAGAAGUCCUUCCAGGCGAGAGACUCCAGCAAAGCCCUCAGACCCCUGUGGAAGUAAGACUGAGGCACACGGUUUGUUCCGGAAGCAAGAGCAGGAGAGACGCGGUUCGGUGCAAUUAAAUGAGUGUUCCACUUUUUCCGGUAAAACUCCUUGUCUUGUUAUGUAGCUUGGAUCACGGCCUUACGGACAAUUUAUUCAAAACCCGACAAAGGGACGGACGGGCUUCACGCAACAACGCCUUCAAGCCGCUUGUUUCCGGACCGCCUCCAGCGUGACGCACCUCGUCCGCAUCCGAAACAUCUUGAGCAGUCCGGGCGCAGUGGACAUCAUAUGAAUGAAUAUGAGUUAGAAUGAUUUUGAUAACUGGAUAUGUUUCACAGAUCCCUUUUCCUGACCUUCCGUCGCUCAAAUCCGCGUCGUCUCCCCACGUGGCCUGACCCGUUGUCCCGUAUGUACCGUGUGAUGAUGCGCGAGAUGCGCACGUGCCCCGAUGCUGCUGACCGUCUCCUGCGAUUCCGAUGGUUUUGUCUCCCGUUACGUGUCCAAGACGGAGUUUCCUGCCACUAGUCUCCGUUUGUUCCGUGCUCCGCGAAGCUGUAGCGAGUUCCAGAUCCCCUUUCCCACCCGCUGAUCAAAGGGCCUCACGCCUAACCGGAACGUCACGUUCGUCGGAACACGCAACGCCUUCCAUCUUGUGAUAUUUUAGUGUUUUCUAUGCAUGUCCUUGUAGCAUUUGAACAUGUAUGAACGCAUCCAUUUGAUAUGGGUAAGACAACGCACACGUACUGUAGAAUAUAUGUAAAUUAAUGCCAUUGACAGAAGGUUUUCGACUGAAUGCUUGUGUAUAUUUUCUUUUUUUGGAUUGAAAUAACAGAUUUACGGACGCUGUUUGCUUCCAAAUAAAUAUCUCCCAUUAUUUCCAUGCAACUCUCUGUUUUUGCCUAUGCUGCUAUUGUAAAUAUUUUCUCAUAUCCUCUGUAAAGCACUAACAAUCAAC